CAGGUGACAGAUAUGUGGGUUACAUAAACAUAAGCCUACACCUGUCACCCAUGAUGAAGAUUAUCAGGCAGAAAUCCAUAAUUCUUCAGAGGAGUCACCCCCCACACACACACACCCAUGUGACCCUACACUGACAGCAGGGUCUGUACACCAGUGCAGUGUCCCUCCUCCAUUCAUCCUGCACCGUCCACCGCCCAUCCACCCCCCUCCUGUCCUGACCCGCCCUCCCUGCUGCGCGCCGCUCCGCGCCGCUCCGGCGUGCAGCGCUGCUGUAGAUGCGGCAGACUGGAACACACUGUGGUUGGUUCUGAAUGCAGCAGCCGGGGAGGAUAACAACAUCCUGACAGACAUCGACAAGGACAGCGAUAAGACUGAGAGCUGAUAUGGACAAUAAGGCAUUGGAACCUGAUUCUGUGAGUAUCCCCAUGGAGGAGGCCAUAAUGUGUAAUGGAGGCAGCCAACCUCAGCCUCAGCAGCAGCAAGAAGCAUCCAUGUUGACUCACCUGAAGAAGGUUGAGAACCAGAUCACAGAAGCACAGCGUUUCUCCCACCUACCCAAACGCUCAGCUGUGGACCUGGAGUUCGUUGACCUUUCCUACACCAUCCAGGAGGGACCAUGCUGGAGGAGGAGAGGUUUCAAAGCCUUACUAAAGUGCCUGUCUGGGAGGUUCUGCAGUCGGGAGCUGAUAGGAAUCAUGGGGCCCUCAGGAGCCGGAAAAUCCACCUUAAUGAACAUUUUGGCUGGAUACAGGGAAACAGGGAGGAAGGGUCAGAUCCUGGUAAAUGGGAAACCCAGGGACCUGAGGACAUUCAGGAAAAUGUCCUGCUACAUCAUGCAGGAAGACAUGCUACUGCCGCACCUCACUACACGAGAGGCCAUGAUGGUUUCAGCCAACUUAAAGCUGGAUGAAACAACAGAUGUGAAGAAAAAACUGGUUAAUGAGAUUCUGAACGCAUUAGGCCUUCUUGACUGUGCGCACACCCGUACCAGCUCACUGUCAGGUGGUCAGUGUAAACGGCUGGCCAUCGCCCUCGAACUGGUCAACAAUCCUCCAGUCAUGUUCUUUGAUGAGCCAACCAGUGGCCUAGACAGUGCAUCAUGCUACCAGGUGGUCUCUCUAAUGCGUUCUCUGGCACUGGGAGGACGGACCAUCAUCUGCACCAUCCACCAACCUAGUGCCAAACUGUUUGAGAUGUUUGACAAGCUUUACAUUCUCAGUCAGGGACAGUGUAUCUACAAAGGCACAGUCCCUUACCUCAUCCCCUAUCUGAAGACUCUGGGCCUUUAUUGUCCUACCUACCACAACCCUGCAGACUUCAUCAUUGAAGUGGCAUCAGGGGAAUAUGGAGACUUGAACCCUGUGCUGUUUGAGGCAGUCCAAGGUGGAAUGUGUGCUUUAGAGGAGAAGAAGAACCAAUGUGAUAACAACGGCCCAUUAGUCUGUGCAACAAAGUGCCCGAUGGAUGCUGGACUCAUAGAGAGCCAUACUUUUGCCACAAGCACACUCACACAAUUCUGCAUCCUCUUCAAGAGAACCUUCAUCACUAUAUGUCGAGACCAGGUUUUGACCCACCUCAGACUGAUUUCCCACAUUGCCAUAGGUGUGUUAAUUGGCUUGCUCUAUCUAAAUAUCGGCAAUGACGCCAGCAAGGUCUUUAACAACACAGGGUUCCUCUUCUUCUCUAUGCUCUUCCUCAUGUUUGGAGCACUCAUGCCAACCGUGUUAACCUUUCCUCUGGAGAUGUCUGUGUUCCUGCGGGAGCAUCUGAACUACUGGUACAGCCUGAAAGCCUACUACCUGGCCAAGACCAUGGCUGAUAUCCCAUUCCAGGUGAUCUGCCCCAUCAUGUACUGCAGCAUAGUGUACUGGAUGACAGAGCAGCCUCCAGAGGCCAGCCGCUACCUACUGUUCAUAGCCCUGUCCAUCUGCACUGCCCUGGUAGCCCAGUCCCUAGGGCUGCUGGUUGGGGCUGCCUCAACCUCACUACAGGUAGCCACAUUUGUUGGACCUGUCACAGCUAUCCCGGUACUGCUUUUCUCUGGAUUCUUUGUGAACUUUGACACAAUCCCCAAGUAUCUGCAGUGGAGCUCCUAUGUGUCUUACGUCAGGUAUGGCUUUGAAGGGGUGAUUCUGUCCAUCUACGGAAUGAACCGUUCAGAGCUGGAGUGUCCGGGGAAGGUGUGUAAGUUCCAACAGCCUGAAGAGGUUCUGCAGUUAUUGGAUGUAGAAGACGCAAAGCUCUACAUAGAUUUUAUUGUUCUGGGCAUUUUCUUCAUCAUACUGCGACUGGCCACCUACCUUGUCCUCCGCUACAAGGUCAAGUCUGAGCGAUAGG